AUGUAUUAUUACAAUUAAAGAAUACCAGUUCCGUUACAGAGAAUAGAAUUCAAACACAUUCUUUCAGGUUUACAGAAGCAUUCACAAAGCUAGGAUGAAAUAAAUUAGAAGCCUUUAGCAACUAGAAAAAACAUAAAAAAACCUGAAGUAAAAUUCUUAUAGGACUUAUAAAGAAAUGAGAAACAGGAUCAACUAGCAUUAUAAACGACGGACAUAAUGUGGGAUGAUCGAAUUAUAUAGAAAUUGGAGAAAUUAAAAAAGCAACCUAAUGAAUUCUUUGAAAAGGUUCCGAAAGAUCCUAUUACCUUAAUGAAUUCAUCUAAAAUAAAUAAAUUCUUUGAAAUAAGAAUAUUGGCAUAAUCAAAAGAAGAUGUUUCAAAAGCUUCAAGAGAAUCUUAAAGAUAAUUAAAUCAAAUUUAAGAGGUGGCAGUUAAGGAGCUAUUGAAUAAGUAUCCCCAUUAAUUUAACUUUACGUCAUCAGCAGAUGCAAGAAAGAAAAAGGAGGUGUUGGACACAAAGGAUAAAUAUAUGAAAUUAUUCUUUGUGAGAAAUUGUUCGACGAGUAUGAGUAAAUCAAAAGCCAAUAAUAAACAUUUACAUAAUAGUGAUGACUAAUAGAAAUAUAUGGAUAAUAUCGAAUAAAUAUAGGAGAGACAGAAAUUAAAAAGCAAUUUGUCAUUUUGCACAUGGAACAAAUUGCAGGAAUUAGAAUGUCCAGGUUACUGUUCUUUUAUAAAACAACUAGCAGUUAAAAAUAAAUUGUAACAGAGUUGUUCUUAAUAGAAAAUUGACUCGUAUAACUUAGUAAAUGAUUGA